AUGUCCUGCUCCCAAGGAGUUUGGUGGCAAAGCACCAGAACGACCACGACAGAUGCGACCACCACAACGACCACCGCCUCGUCCUCGGACACCACUACCACGACUGCCUCGUCCUCGGACACCACGACCACCACGGAAGCGUCCUCUUCCAAGAAGGAGAAGCACGUGACCCACUACAAGCGCAAGGUGCACCGCCCCAAGAAGAUCAGGAAGAUCCGCCGCAACAGGAACAGGAGGAACAGGAACCGCAGCGCUUAAACUGCUAGAGAAAAUCCACAACCCCCUUCCCCGAUACCCAAGAUCCCGAUUCCCGAUUCCCAAUUAGCUUUAUAAUUUUACAUUAUUUGCAUUAUGGCAUCAAUAAAAUGAUACUUAAAAAAAUGA